AUGUCGACAGAAGAAUUGGUUCGAGUCACUGUCCUUGCGAAUCGCAAUCCCAAGCUUUCGGAAACUGAAUUUAACGACCAUUGGGCAAAUAAGCAUGGCCCUCUUAUCACAUCGUGGCUACAGCGUCACGGCAUUGUCAAAUACGUCCAAUAUCAUACUACAUCGAAACAUAAAGCGCUUUUAAAACUGCCGACACUCUCAUACGAUGGCAUGGCGGACUUUUGGGUGCGAAACUUCGAGGAUUUUCAGAAAGCCUACGAAGAUCCUUUCUACUUGGAUGUCGUGAAGAAAGAUGAGGAAUACCUGUUUGACCUAGAAAGUUUGCGUGUUACUGCAGGUGUAGAGUACUAUGUUAUCGAGGAUGGGAAAGUGAUGCAGGAACAUGCGCGCAAGAUCUAG